GUUGGACGUGCUGGUGCUCUAGGGGGUGAUUCAUAUGCAGGCAGUAGCUAGAUAAGGCACAACUACGUGUGCAGCACGAAUGUCUUCGGCCACCAUUGCUGCGGUAUCGACAACUCGUCUGAUCUUUAUGCUUGUCAGGGCAUGUUCGUGGCCUUCGCUGCUGGAAUAGAUCAAGACUCUGUAUCACGAUCUCAAGGACGCCCCAAAAGACAAAGUCACGCUGGAAGGGUCUACCAGCACGUACGUAAAGGCGCGCGCGUGACCGAACUCAAAGAACGCAAGACUACCUCGCUAUGUUCUAGUGUUAACUUAAGCUCUGAGAAGAUAUUUUAUUAUUGCGACUGGUGCGCCGCAAGUGAGGCGGCCCAA